AAAACAAAAAAAUCACAUUAGAGUGAGUGAGGGUUGCUUUCGCACUUAAACCCUCCGAUUCUUCUCCUCAUCCUCAAACUCAGAACAGCCCUUCUCUGCCUCUCAGCUGCGCUUGCCCAGUCACCGGCUAUGUGCGUUGCCGGUCGCUGAUCAUCGUUUCUUCGUUUGCUCCUUAUCUCAUAAUUCACCACAAUUGGAUUCUAUGAUCACAAUUCACGACCCAUAUAUCGGUUCUAAGUAAAAAUUGAUCACGGCCUUUCUGGCUUUAUCUAGGAUUGAAAUGCCAUUUUGAUGAACCUGAGGAUUUGGAGCUGUAGUCCCGGCACUGGUAGUGUUACAAGUUCAUCAUGGAUUUGAAUUUUCAAAAUAUAAACUGGGUGGGGAAUAUUUAUCAGAAGUUUGAAGCAGUGUGCCAGGAGGUGGAUGAUAUUGUAAGCCAGGAUGCAGUUAAAUAUCUUGAGAAUCAUGUCCAGAAUGUUGGAGACAAUGUUAAAAAGUUCUAUUCUGGAGUUGUAAAUGAUCUACUUCCUUUUCCUACCUUGGCCGGUUCAAAAUAUGAAUCUCAUUCAGUAGAUUUGACAAAUAACACUGGCUUUUCAGCUCCUGGUCAUAAAGAUAAUAAUAAUAAAAGGGACGAGGAAAAUCCCAUCAAUAAUUUUAUUAAGCCGUUACAGAAUUCUAAUGCAAUUGAUAUUAAUAAUAAUCAGCAAGCUGGUGUUCCUAUCAAGCAAAACCUUGUAAAUGAAGUUAGUGUUGAAACUUGCUAUGAUUCCCCGGAGGUGGGAGACUCUUAUAUAACUCAAGAAGAGGUUGGUGAUGAUUCAAGUGAAACUUCUGGGGCUGAUAAGAAAGAAAACUUGCAUACAAGCAUUGAAGAGGUUGCUGUUGAGCCUGUGCCUAAACACAUGGACUUGAUAUCUGUUAGAGAGAAAGGAUCUCUUGAAUUCCCUAUACAUAGUGAAUCUAAUUCUGAUUCUUUGGACAGUGGAUGUGAAGUUUUGAUCAGAACAAAGGAUAACGUAGAUGUGAAUGCAGGACAAAAUUCAUGUUUGAUUGUUGAGGAAAUUUCUAUGAAUUCAUCCACCUCCCAAUUGUCAAGUUCCCAGUCUCUUGAUGAGGAAGAAUCUAUUAAAGUCUCCUUGUUCAGUGAAUCGUCCGAUGUUGUUUACGAGGCUACACAUUGUAUAUUGGAUGAAGUUUCACCUAAUGAUUCUGUUUCAUGUGAGAGUCCUGUCACAAAGACAGAACCUUUAUGCUUCAAAAGUACCUUAGCUUCUGACAGUCUAUAUUCAAAACCACUACGAAGCUACUCCUUUGAAAUUGAAUGUUGCCAAAACAAUUCAGGUGAUGCUAGUCUCUGUAUUUCAGAUAGUUCUGUGGUUCAUUUAUGUUGUGAAUCUUCCCCCCAUGUAGCUGGAAAUGUCAUGGAAUCCCUGGAUGGCUUUGGUUUCUCUGGCUACUGUCAAUCUAUGGGAUCAGAUGAUAAAUCACUGGCCAGUUCUAUUGAAUCCAUUUUGGAAGACAUUCAGUUGAAUGAUGAUCCGAAGCUUGAGGAAAGCUGUGAUCUGAAGCUUGAGGAAAGCUGUGAUCUGAAGCUUGAGCAAAGCUGUGUAUUUGUGGAUGAUAGUGAACUCUAUGCAGUCUCCUCUAGAGCCCAAAAGCUUAGAUCAUACAAGAAAAGAAUCAAGGAUGCAUUUGCUUCAAAGAAGAGGUUAGCAAAGGAGUAUGAACAGCUAGCGAUAUGGUAUGGAGACACUGAUAUUGAACCCAGUCAAGGUUCUUCACAAAUUUUAUUGCCUUUUGGCUCCAGAAAGUAUAUGGACUCAAAGAAUUUGCAAGUGCAGCAAGCUUCUGAAACUGAGUGGGAGCUGCUGUAAAUACAAUUAGGCUGCAUGUACAUAAUGAUGGACCAAUAGAUUUGGCUCUCUUAUUUUUACCAAUGUACAUGUUGGAGGUGGCAGUACUUGCUGAAAAUUACAUUGUUUAGGUUUCCAUGAAGAACACGCCAAUAAUAAAUUAUUUGGGUCAUGAUUGUCAAUAACGCAUUGGUUCUUUGAAAAGUGUGUGUGUGUGUUUUUUAUUUAUUUAUUAAAAUUAUAUAUAUAUAUAUA